AAAUCUCUAGGUUCCAUCAUAACAUCAAAAGAAUGGCCAUAGAAGUAAGGUUAGGUCACCUCUUGGAGUUAAGAUAUAUAAACUCUACCAGAUAGCUUAUAGCUAAGAGCUUCAUCAAAUGAUCUCACGGUAAGAGCCAAGAAAUGUUAGAGGAACUAAUUCAGUAUAGUGUCCAAGAAGGUGAAACUUGGUCCUUACAUCAAAUUCCUCUAUGACUGAAAGUGAUUGUACCCGAGAUCCAAGUUGUUAUCCCUUGUGUGCAUAAUACACACGAAUAUUUCUGCCAUCCAACACCUGAAGAGGGUCAUCAAACAUAAGUUUAGUUAUUCACAUUAUUUUUUUAUUUAAGAUUAGGCGCUUAACAGGGCUAUUUGUAAGGCAAAAAUAAUAAUAUCAUGCCAAACUAAAUUUACCUGACCAUCCAUUUCUUUUAGAGCUGUGGUGACCAUUGUUUUAGAAGUAAACCGCACAAGCCCAUGCCCUUUUGAUCUCCUAUUAAUGUGCUAACAUACAAUCUUAAUUGCCAAAUAUGACAGCAUAUUACCCUCAAGUAAAUCUAAGGUCAUCUAAACCUGAAAGUAAGUUACAACCUAAAUAAUCUACCACAUUACCUUCAAUUAUCUCACCAUGCCAUCCAAAAGCAUCCUUUAGAACAGCUUCAUCAGUAUCAGUAGAAAGCCUUAUAAUUCAAAACACAACAAAUGGAUAGAGUCUAUCUUUAUGACAGCAAGGUCGGAAAUUUUUUUUCUGGGAUGUCCAUUCUUGGUCCCUUCGGCCACUAUUAUCACAAAAAUGUUGACAUAAAAGAAACACCUUUUAACAGAUAUAACAUUAGAGAACUUGAUAAAUAAUUGAGACUAAAGCCUCAUAUUUCAUAUGAUAUGACUGAAUUGAACUACGCCCAUAAUAUGACCAAGUAUGAAAGUUAAUUUGAAAAGAAACUAUAAAAAAAAAAACUUGUGGGGCAGGAGGUUAUGACCACUCUAUGAAAUCAAUACAUCUUUAGCAAGACCAAAUGCUCAAGCAUGUAGAGGACACUUCAAUUCACCCAUAUAAAUAAGUGGAGCACAAUCCGACAUGCCAAGAUUAUGAAGCUAAAGAAAAAUAGCUUUUAUUCAAAUCUUGAAAUAAGAAGAAGAAAAGGACAGCAUCACAUAGGAUGAUUUUCAAUCUUGUGAUCUCUUGGAAAAGAAUUGGGUUGAGAUCAAUUUGGCAUCACAUAUUUAUGCACUGAGAACUCAACUGGUGAAACUUAUGCCUGCAAAUCCAUUCUGCAACGUAAGCUUGUGUCCAAGAAUGAUAGGGAUGAUAUAAAGAGAGAGGUUCAGAUUUUGCAACACAUCUGGUCAGCCAAACAUUGUGGAAUUCGGGGGUGCUUAUGAGGAUAGGUAUUCUAUGCACCUUGUGAUGGAACUUUGUGCUGCGGGAUGAGCUUUUUGAUAGAAUAAUAGCACAAGGUCGGUAUUCUGAGAGGGCUGCCUCAGGUAUUUGUAGGCCAUUGUGAAUGUUGUCAAUAUUUGCCAUUUCAUGGGUGUGAUGCAUCGAGAUCUUAAGCCUAAGAAUUUUCCAUGAUGUCUUCUAAGGAUGAAGGGGCAAUGUUGAAAGCAACUGAUUUCAGGUUGUCUGUCUUCAUUGAGGAAGAAAUGCGUACAACAUGGUGCUUCACAAAUUUGGCGAUAAGCUGUACUCAGGAUUGGUUACAACUAUGACUUCACAUCUCAAAGAAAUAUCAAAAUCGAUUGAAGAUGCACAGGGAGGUUUGUUUCUGGAAGAACUGCACAGGAAAUGGGAUGAUCAUAACAAGGCAUUGCAGAUGAUCCGGGAUAUACUUAUGUACAUGGACAGAACUUACAUUCCAAGUACCCAGAAGACCCCUGUUCAUGAGCUUGGGAUGAACCUGUGGAGAGAUAACAUAAUCCACUCCGGCAAGAUUCAGACUAGACUGUUGAACACACUUCUUGAACUAGUACUUAUAGAACGGACUGGGGAAGUUAUUAACAGGGGGCUGAUGAGGAAUAUAAUUAAGAUGCUAAUGGAUUUAGGUUCUUCUGUUUACCAAGGAGACUUCGAGAGGCCUUUUCUUGAGGUUUCGGCUGAGUUUUACAGGGGUGAAUCACAGAAGUUCAUCGAGUGUUGUGAUUGUGGAGAUUACCUAAAGAAAGCUGAGAGGCGUCUAAAUGAGGAAAUGGAGAGAGUGACACAUUACUUGGAUGCCCAAAGUGAAACAAAGAUAACUAAUGUAGUGGAGAAGGAGAUGAUUGCUAACCACAUGGUGAGACUAAUCCAAAUGGAGAAUUCUGGCUUGGUAAACAUGCUUCUCGACGAUAAGUAUGAAGACCUGGGAAGAAUGUAUGUUUUGUUCCGCCGGGUUCAGGAUGGCCUCUUAAAAAUAAGAGAAGUAAUGACUUCUCACAUCAGGGAGACCGGUAAGCAGCUAGUUACUGACCCGGAAAGGCUCAAGGAUCCAGUGGAAUUUGUCCAGCGGCUCUUGGACGAGAAAGACAAGUAUGAUAACAUUAUUACGUUAUCAUUUAACAAUGACAAGACUUUCCAGAAUGGCCUAAAUUCAUCCUUCGAAUACUUUAUUAACUUGAAUGCUCGUUCUCCGGAGUUUAUUUCAUUGUUUGUGGACGAAAAACUACGCAAAGGUCUGAAGGGGGUUAGCGAGGAGGAUGUAGAGAUUAUACUUGACAAGGUGAUGAUGUUAUUUCGUUACUUGCAGGAGAAAGAUGUUUUUGAAAAGUAUUAUAAACAGCAUUUGGCAAAGCGGCUUUUAUCUGGGAAAACUGUCUCAGAUGAUGCAGAGAGAAGCUUGAUAGUUAAGCUCAAGACGGAAUGUGGGUACCAAUUUACUUCAAAAUUAGAGGGUAUGUUUACAGACAUGAAAACCUCUCAGGAUACAAUGCAUGGGUUUUAUGCCAGCCACCCUGAGCUUGGGGAUGGCCCUACACUGACGGUCCAGGUUCUGACAACAGGGUCUUGGCCAACACAGCCUAGUGCUACAUGCAACCUGCCAGCUGAAAUGUCAGUACUUUGUGAGAAGUUUCGGGCAUAUUAUCUGGGGACUCAUACUGGUCGGAGGUUGUCCUGGCAAACUAACAUGGGUACAGCAGAUAUAAAAGCGACCUUUGGGAAGGGGCAGAAGCAUGAGUUGAAUGUCUCCACUUAUCAGAUGUGUGUACUAAUGCUGUUUAACAAUGCUGAUCGGCUUAACUACAAGGAGAUUGAGCAGGCUACUGAGAUACCUGCUUCAGAUUUGAAGAGGUGUCUCCAGUCCAUGGCUUGUGUGAAGGGAAAGAAUGUACUUCGAAAAGAGCCUAUGAGUAAAGACAUUGGCGAGGAUGAUGCGUUCUUUGUUAAUGACAAGUUCACAAGCAAAUUCUACAAGGUGAAGAUAGGAACUGUAGUUGCACAGAAGGAAUCGGAACCCGAAAAACAGGAGACGCGGCAGAGGGUGGAGGAGGACAGGAAGCCCCAGAUUGAAGCCGCAAUAGUUAGGAUCAUGAAAUCAAGGAGGCAGCUGGACCAUAACAAUAUAAUAGCCGAGGUUACCAAGCAGUUGCAAUCCCGGUUCCUGGCAAAUCCGACAGAGAUUAAGAAACGGAUUGAGUCCCUAAUCGAGCGGGAUUUUUUGGAGAGGGAUAAUAGUGACAGGAAAUUGUAUCGGUAUCUUGCCUGAAGCAUGGCUUGAUCUCAUGUUAGAAAAAUAGCAUGGCGAUUGCUAUUGUAACUUUUUUAGUAAGUGGAAAUUGUUUCUUCCCUUUCAUUUUAAAUUUCUUCUCUGUUCUAUUGGUUUUAAUGAAAUGUCAUUGCUGCUUUCCCCA